GCGGCCGCGGCGAGAAAGUACAGUGAAAAGUCCAAGUGCAGCCACGCGCGCAAGAUGGGGUCCGGCUCCUCCAGCUACCGGCCCAAGGCCAUCUACCUGGACAUCGAUGGGCGCAUUCAGAAGGUGGUUUUCAGCAAGUACUGUAACUCCAGCGACAUCAUGGACCUGUUCUGCAUCGCCACCGGCCUGCCACGGAACACCACCAUCUCCCUCCUGACCACUGAUGAUGCUGUGGUCUCCAUCGACCCCACCAUGCCUGCAAAUUCAGAACGAACUCCCUACAAAGUGAGACCUGUGGCCGUCAAACAACUAUCUGAGAGAGAAGAACUAAUCCAGGGUGUGCUGGCCCAGGUGGCAGAGCAGUUCUCCAGAGCGUUUAAAAUCAAUGAACUGAAAGCUGAAGUUACAAAUCACCUGGCGGCACUGGAGAAGCGGGUAGAGUUGGAAGGACUUAAAGUAGUGGAGAUCGAGAAAUGCAAGAGUGACAUUAAGAAGAUGAGGGAGGAACUGGCAGCCAGAAACAACAGGACCAGCUGCCCCUGUAAGUACAGCUUUUUGGAUAACAAGAAACUCACCCCUUGGCGCGAUGUCCCCACGUAUCCCAAGUACCUGCUCUCUCCGGAGACCAUGGAAGCCCUGCGGAAGCCCACCUUUGAUGUCUGGCUUUGGGAGCCCAAUGAGAUGCUGAGCUGUUUGGAGCACAUGUACCAUGACCUAGGCCUGGUCAGAGACUUCAGCAUCAACGCCAUCACACUCCGGCGGUGGCUGCUCUGCGUGCACGACAAUUACCGGGACAACCCGUUCCACAACUUCCGGCACUGCUUCUGCGUGGCACAGAUGAUGUACAGCAUGGUCUGGCUCUGUGGGCUGCAGGAGAAACUCUCCCAAAUGGACGUCUUGGUCCUGAUGACUGCGGCCAUCUGCCACGACCUGGACCAUCCAGGAUACAACAACACGUACCAGAUCAAUGCCCGCACAGAGCUGGCUGUGCGUUACAAUGACAUCUCUCCCCUUGAGAACCACCACUGUGCCGUGGCCUUCCAGAUCCUGGCACAGCCCGAGUGCAACAUCUUCUCCAACGUGUCAUCUGAGAGCUUCAAGCAGAUCCGGCAGGGAAUGAUCACUUUGAUCCUGGCCACUGACAUGGCAAGACAUGCAGAGAUCCUGGACUCUUUCAAAGAGAAAAUGGAGAGUUUUGACUACAGCAACCAGGAGCACAUGACCCUGCUGAAGAUGAUUUUGAUAAAAUGCUGCGACAUCUCUAAUGAGGUCCGCCCCAUGGAGGUCGCAGAACCUUGGGUGGACUGUCUGUUAGAAGAAUAUUUUAUGCAGAGCGACCGUGAGAAGUCAGAAGGCCUCCCUGUGGCCCCAUUCAUGGACAGAGACAAAGUGACCAAAGCCACAGCCCAAAUUGGGUUCAUCAAGUUUGUCCUGAUCCCAAUGUUUGAAAUGGUGACCAAGCUUUUCCCCACAGUUGAGGAACUCAUGCUGCAGCCGCUCUGGGAGUCAAGAGAUCGCUAUGAGGAGCUGAAGCAGCUAGACGAUGCCAUGAAAGAGUUACAGAAGAAAACGGAGUGCACCGAAAAGUCCAGAGAACAGAGCAGAGAUGCAAAAAAAAGUGAAGGUCAUGCUUCUCCAAAUUGAUGUCCCCGUGCAUACGACGUGCCUGAAGAAGCAGCAAAGCCGUGGGCUGCGUCUGCACUGGGCUGGUGGCGCCUCCAAGGACCCUCCGCGCACGGAACAGUGGCUCUCGC